UACCACCGCCUGUGCAAAUCUUACCAAUAGUGGGAUCUUCUAUUCGGUGCAUUUUUUUUAAUAUUUAAAAAUUACAAAUAUGGUCGGUGAUAUGACAGAAAAUGAGCAAUUAGGGAAAUUGGCUGAAGAAUCCCUUCGCCGAAAAGAGCGUCUAAUGCAUUUGAAAGAAAAAGCGUGCAAAGAAAGCAACAAAAGAAUAAACGACGAAGGUAUAACCAAACCGGUAUUUCGCAGCUACAAACCACAAAACGAAAUCACUCCAUGCCAAAUAAUCCCUAAAAUGGCUGCUGGAGACAUAGAAGAAGUUGUUGGCAACCAAUUGGAUUGAAAGUAUUGGGUUGCACAA